AUGUCAGAAGAACAGAUGGGCGCGAGCUGCUUCAUGAUGGCCAAGGAGGCUAGAGAGAAGUGUCUUUUCCGAAGGACCCCCAGAAGCUCAGAGCAAUACAAAAGGAUUCUUUUUGAGAAGGGCUGCAUGGAAAGCAAGGGGUUAAAAGAGGCAGAUCCGAUGGCAACCUCAAAGGCAUUGGCCAAGUGGGUGGUGGCCAGGGCUGUGGGAAAAGGCCUUGGUCUGGAGAUGCAGGAGUCCUGUCCCAGCCUCUCUACAUCUGCAGCUUCUAAGGCCACUGUCGAGACGGUGUCCACCACCGCCACCGGGGCCUCACUCUUGACUGAGGCUUGCCUGGCACGAGUUCCACACGUGCCCCGUCCAGAAGCACGGUCGAAGAAAGCCCGGCCAGCUCCACCACAUCCAGCACUGGGCCGAAUGCAGCCUCAGCGGACGCCACGGAUCUUCACGCCCGUGCUGCGGGAGAGGGCGAGCGAGGUCAAGACAGAGCAUCCAGAGAGUCCAGCUGUGCCCCGCAGGCCGGCAGUUCAGCGGCCAGAACGAAGCGAGUCUCGCUUUCCCGAAGGGUCCACUGAGGCCACCGUGGAGCAAGCGCUUCAACAUGUGGCGCCGAAAUACCGUGAGCCAUUGCUGGUGGAGCUGCUGUCCAUGUCACAAGAACUGAGGACAGCAAGAGAGCUGGCAGUCGCUCAGAGCCAACGCAACUCUCAGCUACAACGAGAGGUGGAAGACCAGGUUUGCCUCUUCAACACCCUAGUCGACCUACAGCAGCAAAACCAGUGGUUUGAAGAGAGGCGACGACAUGUGGACGAUGCCAACCAGGUGGCCAUGGAAAUCGAACAGCAGCAGCUGGAGAGUUUGCGGAUGGCCGCAGAAGAUGUGACAGCCUCGAGGCUGCGCCUGGAGGAGCCAAAUGAAAUCAAGAAGGUCCUCGCAGCAAGUGAACAAGAGAUGGCUGAGAGGACUCAAGCUUUGGAAGAGGAACUGAAGGAACUGGAUGAUCUCAUCGAAGAGGCCCAAUUUGGCCGAGGAAAUUCAUCCACCAGAUUGCUGAAGGACCAGUAUCUCAACGGACUCCUCGAGUUGAGCACGCGCGACUUGCGGAAGAUCUUGGAUCGGGCGGGCGCCCGCACGGCUGGGCGCUACGAGCGCGAGGCCUUACUGGAGCUUUUGCGGGAUCCCCAGCUGCGUGCCAAGUGUGAAGCGUUGGUUAGAGAUGCAGGUGGAGAUGAGGUGAUCCUUCACAAGGUCAGGAGCGCCGAUUUCGCAGGAGUUGUUUCAGAUGGCGACGCCUACAUGGCAAUCGAUGUGCAGCUCGGAGGCGCCACAGCACGCUUCAUCCUGGACACCGGAGCCUCUAACACCGUGAUGCGUGAGAUGGAAGCGCGGCGGUUGAACGCGCGGUGGAUGCAAGUGCCGGUGACAGCUCAAGGAGGAACGGGAAUUCAAAGUGGUUUGAGCCUGGCGGAUUUGGGAGAAGUGACCAUCGGUCAGGUGCCAUGUGGCCGGUUGCAAGCUGUGACGACUCCUGGUGCUUUGCCAUGCCCACCAGACUGUUGCGGGAUUCUGGGUCUUGACGUCCUUUCUCGCUUGGCGAUGCGGUUGGAUUUCCAGAGAAGUCGCAUGAAGGUGACCAAGGAGUUUGGAGAUGCCAAUUCAGCUGCUGCAGCUUUGGCUGUGAAAGACCUAAAGCCGAUUCCUUUGCAAAGCGUACCGGGCACUUCAGGCCUUUUAGCGCUUCCGCUCCGCUUGCGAGCUCCAAACCGCGGCAACCAAGUCAAGUGCUUGGGUAUCUUGGACUUGGGCGCGCCCUUUACUGUUUGCAGCAUGACUACAGCACGUGCGCUGGGUCUCAAGGCCGAGCUAAAGCGUUCAGGGAAGUUUGUGACUGGCCUGGAUGGCAGCCCCUUGGAAGUCCUGAGCGGGCGCUUGAGAUUGACUGGACCCUCAUGGGAGGUGGACAGAGAACUAAUCAUCGGAGAUUUGCCAAUCUUCCAAGCCUUGGGCGUUGCAGUGAACCAGUCACCUCUGGUGAUUUUGGGCUUGGACGUGCUGCAGUCUCGGGGUCGAAUAGCUAUGGCCACUGGAUUGAAGGCUUUGUGGAUGUGA